AUGCAGGCUGAUUUGUGUUCCGACUGUGGUACCGACAACUCACAAUAUGGCGGUACAUCGCACUCCUCACUCUCCUCGCCCUCGCGCGCUCCGAACACGAAGUGGUGCACGGUGCCCUUAGAUCACUUCGGAUUCGCGACAAACACCACGUUCAAGAUCAAAUAUUUGGAAUGUGACGACUACUGGGACAUGGGCGGCGGGCCCAUAUUCUUCUACACCGGGAAUGAGCUCCUCACUCAUGCUGCCUGGAGCUACGUAGCGUGUGCAAAUACUUCCCAAUGGCUACGUCAGAGCUGGAAUCUUUGUGGUCCAACUAAUUCUCCUAUAGAUGUCGAAUUUCUGGUGCAGUUCCUAAAGUCCAUGUACGUGAGAACGGCGAUGGUGAAUUAUCCCUACGCUUCAGAUUAUGUGAUGCCAUUGCCCGCGGAACCUGUGGAAAUCAUUUGCCAGUAUUUAAACGAGAGUUUGACGGACAAAAAGCUUUUGGAAGCGAUAGGAAAAGUUAUUUUGGUGUUCGUAAACAAUCAAAAGGAAUGUUUAAAUUACACAGAAGGUGCCAGUUAUAGAUUUGAACACAUUAUUGGUUGGAGUUUUCAGGCUUGCACAGAGAUAAUAACACCCAUGUGUGCUACAGGAGUGACAGAUAUGUUCGAACCAUCUCCGUGGAGCUUCGCUGAGCACGUCGAGUUGUGUCACAAUAUGUAUGAUGUGUACCCUCGGCAUGACAUGGCUAGGAUAGAAUACGGAGGCGCCAGGCUGGAAGCUGCUUCCAAUAUCGUAUUUAGUAAUGGUCUUCGAGACCCUUGGGCGGCUGGGGGAAUCUUGAAGGACAUAAACGACUCAGUCAAGGCAGUUGUUCUCGACGAUGCUGCUCAUCAUCUGGACCUCAUGGCUAGUAACCCCGCUGACCCUCCUUCCGUGAAGAUGGCCAGGCAUGUCCACAAAGAUAACAUUCGCAAAUGGAUCAAUGAGUUCAAUAACAAUUGUGACAAUGAACGUGAAGCGUUGUAG